GUCGACCAGAAUCCUGUGAACGUAGUAACGUCAAGGGAGCGCUCUCUCUCUCUCUCUCGCUCUUUCUCCGUCUCUCUUUGUGCAUGCUGGAGCCUCCACGGCAAUGGACAUAGGCAGGUGGCCUCCUGAAUCAAUUGCUGCGCCUCCAAAUGCUCCUCCAUAUUCCCACCAUUACCCUCCUUCCCACCACCACCACCUUGCUUCCUCUUCCUUCUCCUACCCUCCUGUUUCUCACCCUCCCCAAUCAAAGGAUCCAGCGGCAGCGGCAUCGGCAUCGGCGGCGACCAAGCUUGCUCUCCACCACCAGGACUACGGUCUCCUGGUGGCCCAGUCCGCAACUCACCAUUACGAGUACGUGGGACAUGCCGAUGCUUCACUGAGGCCUCCUGGUAUCGAGUAUGGCUCUCCUACCGCUGGACUUGGCAACCCCUCUUAUGCGCCGCAGUCAAUUGGGCCGGAGGCAGCGUAUCAGGUCGUCUUUAGUUACCAGGAAGAACCACACAAACAGCAGGCUUUGUUGGCGAAGGAGUCGAUUCGGCAGUACGGUGUUGACCCUCUCGCGUACGCCAACGUGGUGCGAAGCCAGAGUGUCAUUGAUCCUACUGCUGCCAAUGCUGCUGCAGCAGCAGCAGCAGCUUGGAACCAGACAUAUGCUACAUUUUCUAAUGUGUUGCCAAAGAAGCUGAUAAAGAAGAAAAAGAACAAGGUUGUUCAGUCUGCGUAUUGUGCUGUAUGCAAAAUCGAUUGCAACAGCAAAGAUGUACUCGACAAGCAUAAGAAUGGCAAAAAGCACUUGAGGAACAUGACAAAGCUUGAAGAGGGAAAGAAUUCAAAGAAGGGUCUGGCUAAGGCUGCUGCUGUGGAUACCAAGAAGACUCCUCCAGCCACCAAUGAGAAACAAACUGCUAGUGCAGCUCCGAAGGAAGAUUUGGAGAAGAAACGUCAGAAGCUCUUGGAAGGUGGUGCAUCAGCUGCUGAAGUGAGGGUGUGCAUAUUGUGUGGUACUGUUUGCAACAGUAAGACGGUAUAUGAUUUCCACAUAGCUGGCAAAAAACAUGCUGCUCAGUUGAAAAAAUUGGCAGAAGCACGUGCUGUUUCUGGUGUUUAGAACAUCUGCAUCACAGUAAUGCGAUGCCUUUUGGGGGCAACUGAUUCCCAUGAAGCCCAUGGCCUGGUGGAGCUUGUAGUGUUCUCCAUGUUAUUCGCAUUCGGAUUCCUGUAAUUUAUGCUUAUCUACUUCCAUGGAAUUUUAGGUCUUGCUCUGGGAACUAAUGCAGUGCAUGCAGAUUCAAUGUCAGCAAAUGGAGUAUGUGGUAUCCUCCAUUUUAUUGCAGUGCAUGCAGAUUCAGCGUCAGCAAAUGGAGUAUGUGGUAUUCUCCAUUUAUUGGCUUGUUGAUCCUUGUAAUUCAUGCUAUCUGCUUCCAUGGAAUUUUUUCUGUUGGAAACUAAUGCAGUGCUUAUAGAUUCAGUA